CAAUCAUCCGCUUCUCACAAACCCAUAAUCAAUCUCAUCUCAAUCAAUCUUCUUUUCUUCUCCUUCUCUCUGCCAAAAACUGUUAAUUAAUGGCUGCUUACAGAGAGCCCAUCAACGUGGGAGCCAAAUCGCCCGAGCCGGCUCAGCCGCACUCGCCCUGGCAUUCUCCGGUGCCGUACUUGUUCGGAGGUCUGGCUGCUAUGUUGGGUCUCAUCGCUUUCGCCCUCUUGAUUCUCGCCUGCUCCUACUGGAAGCUCUCCGGAUUCCUCGACGAAAGCCGCGAAGGUGAGCCGGACCUGGAAGCCGGUGACGCCAAGCUCGACGGAACCCAGAAACUGCCGUCUCCGGUGGCCUGCGAGCCCAAGUUCUUGGUGAUCAUGCCGGGAGAAGAGAAGCCGACUUGCUUGGCCACUCCGGCAUCCUCGAGCAGGUCUUCUUCCUUCGCCGGCGACAACACCAGCGUCACUUGUACCUGCAACUACAGCGACAGAUCGGUGGAAAUGAUCGCGACUCUGAAACAGGAGGGUCAGAGUGGAAGCCCGCCGUGAUCAGGCGCAGCCCGGAAACAGUUCGAACGAUCGGAACGGCUAAUUAUAACCUCCAGGAUUGAGAAGCUCGUGUAAAGUUUUUGGACCGUUGCUAGAAGUUACCGUAUCUAUACACGAGCUUGCAUGCAGCUGGCUUGCCCAGAUUGGUAAUUUGGGGGUUGACUGCUUUAAAAUUUUUCUCCUUUAAGAUGUAAAUUAUUCGGGAACGUUGUAAAUUUGACUGAGGUGGAAUGGAAAAAACUCACCAGUUUUUCACAAAA